AUGACUUGCAAGUUUCAUAAACAAAAAAGAGAAAAAUUCAAACAAGCCGGGAAAUAUCCAAAUUUUCAACCGGACAAUCCAAAAAACAAUUCUCUAAAACAACAAGAAUUAACAUUUAGUUGGGAGAGUUCUUUCUAUUGCUUCUGGACAUCAGAAGUUGUAUUGAAAGAGAAGACUGUAGUCGUAAAAACGUUUCCAAAUGAUAUGAGAUUCAUUAUUGUUGCGUCAAGUCAAAAGGAACUAAAAAUCAUGAGAAUGUUGCUGCUAAGUAGGUACCUGAUAUCUUUAGCUUAUUAG